ACGUGGGGGAGCAAAUAACAGAAGCAAAUGUAAACUUGAAUCAACGAGUGGCUAGCAUUCUUUGAUUCACCGCUUAUGUUCUUGUAUCAUAUUCACAACGAAUAAUUUGUCUUCAAAAGAUGAUGUGACGAUUUUAAGGACGCUGGGUGUCUCGUAUAUUGAAGUAAUACAAAUAUGUUUGAAGGCGAAGAUUUCGAUCUGGCCGAUCUGGACGAGGACUUCCUAAACGACGCAUCGCAGAAAGUACGAGAAAACCAAUCUGAAGCCACAUCCGAUAAGAAAACAAUCAGUUUCAAAAGAUUCAAGAGUGACGAAUAUAUUCCAGUGGAUGGAAAGUCUGAAACUACUGAAUUUGCAACAACCAGUACCAGUGUCGUUGGGGAGGAUAAGACGGAUAGGACAAGCUUGCUACUUGAAAGACUCAAACAGCGCAGAAAUGUAGCCUCGGAUAGAAAUACACAGCGGAACACAGCUGGCGCUGAUAGCCAAACUUUACGUUCAGAAAAAUCAAAUUUGUUCAAAGAACCACUGUCGCAUCAGACAAACACUGACUCUAAACUGAACUCAAUUUUAGAAAGACUUGGGAAGGCCAACCCAAAAAGCAGUAGAUCCGGGAGUUUGUUUAGCUCUGUAGAAAGAUCUAAACUUACCAAUACCAAUAACUUUGACACGGUAAACAGUUUCAAAUCGAGACUACCUGAUACUGCUGUAAAAUCUCCAAUGAAAUUGGGUAAACCGAGUUACAACAAGCACGUCACUUUGGUUAGAAAAUUUCCAGGACCUGCCGGCCUACUACCAGAUUCAUCAAGCGAAACAAUUGCACCGUUUAUCUCUGAUUCGGCUCAUCUCGAAAAUAACAAUGAUAGUAUAGAUAACAUGAAAGCAGUCGACGACAACACAUCUGUUUUCUCAGAAUAUUGCUCACAGAACACCACGAAUUUAUUCUCCGAAGGCGCAUGGCAAUUACUACUGAGCGAUUUGACUGAGGGUUUUUUCGACAAUCAUGAAAUAUCAACUAUAAAAAAGAAGCUUUUGGCUAAUUCGUAUAAAAACUGUAAAAUACCAUUUCUAGCAGGGGUGGUACAACGGGUUGACUUUAGUCGACCAGAUCCUUUGGUAGUUUUGAGGGAUUGCACCGGUACCAUCGAAGGAACGAUAUCCAAAGACAUUUUAGUCAAAUAUCCUUACUUCGUAGACAUUGGUACUGUCCUGUUUUUGGGCAAUAUUCCAUUCCUGACUGUAGGAACUUACCUGAAAAAACAUCACUUCAUUGUUAUGCUGAAAAAUGUUAUAAACGUGUAUACAAAGAAGGCUAAAACUUUCACGACGUUGGAAAUGAAUGCUAGAUUAGAAAGUUUGAAAAAUCAAAAUCAUUUCUUGAAAUCUGUUGAUAACCGAGCAUUCAACAGUUUAUGCUCUUCAAAUUCUAAUAUAGGAAGUAGAUUGUAUAAUGAUCGUGCAAAGACAUUUGAAAAAUCGAAUCCACAAUCUUAUUUCAGCAACUUGAGAAAUGGCACUAAUCCUGAUGACAGCUUAAAUUAUACUGCCAAGCACAGAAAUAACAAUGUUAGACAAUCAGUAGAAACAAGCUAUUUUUCAGCUGUUACAAAAAAACAAAUAAAUUCAGAGGAUGCGAAAAAUUCGACAAGUAAUUGCGAAAAUCCACCUUAUUUAGAUAAUGAGGAAAGUUCUCACACGAUGAAAGAACAUCAAAUUUCUUCUAAGUGUACUAUUAACAAAAAUGUCAAGUUUGCCUUCGAGUCUACAGACUUCGAUGAUGAAUUUUCUGCUUCAUUUCUUGAUAUUGAUGACGAACUGGUUUCGCAAGCUAUGACAAAUAUUGAUUCAGUUGCUCAUGAAGAAAUCGAAACAAAAAGUACAAUUUCAAAUGAACAGCAUACAGAUGGAUCGAAAACAACUUCUGUACAGUGUGUUACUGUGCAGUCAAGUGCCAACUCAACUAGAGAAACUGAAUCUGUUCCAAAAGCUUUCAGCUCAUGUAUUGAUAAUCUAGACAAAUCUGUAACAAACAGCGAAAAAGUAACAGCUUUUUCAACAGUUAAUGGAAAAUUAAACGCCUCCAAAGUUUCUGAGACUAAGCUCAAAUUAGCCAUGUUUAGAAGCAAUGAUGACUUGACUCCACCCGAUUAUCAAAAUAUAGAUAUUAUUUCAAUUCAAAACGAUAACAUAAGAAAAUUUCAAGAAAAAAAUCCGGAACGAGAUAAACCAACUUCCACAUCUAACUUUACAUCCGGUAUAGCAGAUGAUUCGGACGAAGAAUUUCUUUCUCAACUGGACGUGGAAUCUAUUGUUUCUCGCUACAACAAACUGAGUAACGUGAACUAAUAAAAUGGAGACUUGAUGAAUUAUGUCAGAAACCUUUGCAAAUAAUGAUGAUGGCCUAAAUUCUAUAUUAUGUACACAAGCUAUUACAGACAUCUGGAAUGAUUAUUGUUAAAGAUGACUGUAAACUCAUCCUGAAUGCAGGAAGCCUUACCAAAUUGUGAUACUAGAAAAAUAAAUACCACGUAGGUUACUUUCAUAUUAA